UGGCGCUCCACUUCCGGCCCCCUCCCCACCCCGGGCUCCCUCGCGCCGGAAGUGGUUCUUGUCUCCAAGAUGGCGACUCCCUAUGUGACUGACGAGACCGGGGGCAAGUACAUCGCAUCCACUCAGCGGCCCGAUGGCACGUGGCGGAAGCAGCGGAAGGUGAAGGAGGGUUACGUGCCCCAGGAGGAGGUGCCCGUGUACGAGAACAAAUACGUGAAGUUCUUCAAGAGCAAACCCGAGCUGCCCCCGGGGCUGAGCCCCGCGGCCCGGACCCCCGCGGGAACCCACCCCGAGCCGGCCGAGCCCGGCCUCUCCCGGACAGCCCGGCGGAACCUGAAACGUAAGGAGAAGCGGCGGCAGCAGCAGCAGCAGCAGCAGCAGCAGCCGGACCAGGGGGUGGGGGAGGCGCUCAGCCGGACGCUGGAGAAGGUGACGCUGGGGGAGCCGGGCGGCCCCGCGGCCCCCCCGGACCCCGGGGCCUCGGAGAAGGCCCGCAAGCUGAAGAGCCUGCGCAAGAAGCUGCGUCAGGCGGACGAGCUGCAGCAGCGCAUCGAGGCCGGCGCCAUCCAGCAGCCGAGCCGCGAGCAGCUGGACAAGGUGGCGCGGCGGCAGGCGCUGCAGGAGGAGCUGGAGGAGCUGGAGCUGGGGCCCUGAGGGCAGGCGCCGGGCGGGCACCGGACGCCGGGGGGACAGCGGGGGCCGGGGACUGGACCGCCCACCGGGCUCCCGGGGACUGAGCCGGCGCCCGGACCCCCUCCGGCCUCGGGUGGCCCCUCUGACACUCUCUCCCUGUCGAACUUUGGCCGCCGCUCCCGGCCGGGGGUCCCUCCGAGGUGCCGGGCGGGUGGCCGCUCUGCCCGGAGCCCCGGGCUUCCUGUUACUGAGUUUGGGGAUGUCUUCCCCUUUUUUAGGAACCAGAUAAUAAAUCCGCCGCACUGA